AACAAGACACAAGGAAGUACUGCAAGACUGCAGAGAUUCAGAAGAAGGUGCUGUGCACCUUUCUUGACAGUCUAGUUUUAAUUCGUUAUAAAAGAAGUAAUCCGCCAUGACAUCGACACAAAGCAGCUGAUCCCUCGUUAUGGAGACUCGUUCCUCCGGUUCAAUUCAUUAACCAACAGCUGAGCUGCAGUAGCUCUCAGUCUUUAACUGUCAAAAUUAGACACUACUUAACACUAUAAUUCACUGUCUGUUGAUGAACUCAGAUUUAUUUACCUGGUACUUAUCUACAAGGAUGGAUAUUUGAGUUUUUUUUUUUGUUUGUUUGUUUGCUUUCAAAUUCGUAGUUAUAAACUACAGAAACUUCUCUUCCGGAUCUCUGAGAGGCCUGUCUCUGUGAGAGGCUAUUACCAUGGCAUCGGCCAAGCUGAAGUACCUCUCUCUGGGGGUUCUAGUGUUCCAGACCACCUCCCUGGUGCUGACCAUGCGGUACUCGCGUACCCUACAGGGCGAUGGGCCGCGUUACCUGGCAUCCUCUGCUGUGGUGGUGGCCGAACUUCUCAAGAUCCUCACAUGCAUGGGGCUCGUCUUCAAGGAUCACAGUUACAGUGGACGAGCGCUGAGCAGUAUUCUGAGACAGGAGAUUCUUCACAAGCCUAUAGAGACACUGAAGCUGGCUAUUCCUUCUGGAAUCUACACGCUGCAGAAUAACUUGCUCUACGUAGCACUGUCUAAUCUUGAUGCUGCUACAUACCAGGUGACAUACCAAUUGAAGAUCCUGACCACAGCCCUGUUCUCAGUGUCCAUGCUGGGCCGUAGGCUUGGGGUGUACCAGUGGCUGUCUCUACUUAUUCUCAUGGCUGGGGUUGCACUUGUACAGUGGCCAGCGGACUCCCCAUCAGACCCUGAGAAAGAGCAGCUGACUGCAGGUUCACAGUUUGUUGGCCUGGUGGCUGUGUUGGUGGCCUGUUGCUCCAGUGGGUUUGCUGGAGUCUACUUUGAGAAGAUCCUUAAAGAGACCAAACAGAGUGUGUGGGUCCGGAACAUCCAACUAGGCAUGUUUGGCCUGGUGUUUGGGGUCUUCGGAAUGUUGGCCUAUGAUGGUGCCAGAGUCAGAGAACAUGGAAUGUUUCAGGGCUACAACACUAUCACCUGGAUUGUGGUUGCUCUUCAGGCUCUUGGAGGGCUAGUGAUAGCGGCAGUCAUCAAGUAUGCUGACAACAUACUGAAAGGCUUUGCUACAUCACUCUCAAUUAUCCUCUCCACAUUAAUUUCAUAUUUUUGGCUUGAAGACUUUGAGCCUACCAGUGUGUUCUUCCUGGGCACUCUGUUCGUCAUAAUGGCGACAUUUCUCUAUGGUUAUGAGGGCAAGCCGGCACCGAACCCAAGCAGAGCAUGAAAGAAGGGGAUGAAAAAGGGAUUUACAAAGUGAAAGUGGAGCAGAACAAAAGGAUGAAACAAGUGGAAGGACAGAGAAGAGGAGAGGAGGUAUAGAGAGGGGAAAAAUAGAUUGAUACAAGGUUGGGUCAGCAGACUAGGCCACUGCUAUGCUGAGCUAAAGCAAACUGGGUGAGAUGCUUUGGGCCUGAAGGAGAGCCCAAGUAUGCCACUGAGUUUCAGUGAAACUCUCCUUUAGAGUAUGCCCUAAUCAAUGUGUUAUGGAUAAAACCAUUUCCAAUCGUGCCAUAAUCUUUCAGAAGAUUCCGGAAGAAUUGUAACUUUUCUUUUGUUGGACAAUCAGGACUCGAACCUUUCUGAGAAUUGUGGCACAGAGCUCUUAUCCAUUUCGGAGAGUUUGGCUCUUCUCAUUUGUCAUGUAUCGUUUGAUGUAUGUUCAUCUCCAUGGGGUGAUGGCUUUCGGAUCGCCUCAGUGGCUCACAGUAAUUUACCACAUAUGAAACUUGAAUCUCGCAAAAAUGUCAUGUUUUGUGGAAUUUAGAUUACAGAUUUGCUCAUUGCAUCACUGUAUUUUUUGUCAUUAUUCAAACUGCCUAAAGGGAUAUUUCAUAGUUCACCCAAAAAUGUUAAUUCUGUCAUAAUUCACUCCCCUUCAUGUUCCAAACCCUUAUGACGUACUUUCAUCCGUGGUAUUCGAUAGGAGAUAUUAGGCAGAAUGCUAGCCUCAGUCACCAUUCACUUUCAUUGCAUCUUUUUUUCCAUACAAUGAAAGGGAAUGGUAACUAAUGCUGACAUUCUGCCUAAUGUCUCCUUUUGUGUAUCAUGUAGUAAAGAAUGUAAUAUGGGUUUGAAACAACAUGAGGGUGAGUAAAUGAUGACAGAUUUUCAAUUUUUUGGGUAAACUAUCCCUUUAGGCCCUGAAAAGAAGCUUUAAUGUUAUUUUAAUUGACUGGGUUGCUGGGUUAGUUUCCGUGCUGUAGAAAUGAAGGAGAUGAAUAAUGGAACUUUUGUGAAAACCAUGUAAACCUUUGAUGUUAUAACAAUACUGAUAAUAAUGUUAGAUAGCCAAUCAGUUUGUGGAAUUUCUCCACUGUCAUGAUUGCAGAUUAUUUUACGUAUUACCUCUGUCACCAGGCAACCAAGAAUACUUGAGUUACUCUGUUAUAUAUGCAAGGAAGUGCUUUUUUAGCUACUUUGCACUAGGUGUGAAGCUAUAUUAGUCACCGGUGAGGAGUAAUGUUAAAUCAGGUGUUUAUUAUUAUUAUUAUUAUUAUUAUUUUUUAUUUUAUUUUUUUUCAAACAAUAAUGUGUAUUCAAACAAUACACAUUUUCACCAGGGCAGCACCAAACUUAAAUAGGCUUGGCUUUUUCAAAAAUGUGUAAUUAAUGUAAAACAAUGCAUGCAAUCAUUCACAGCUUGAUUUUUAUUUUUUAUUUUUUUAAAAGGCUAAAGGUUUCUUCUGUUCUUACAUACAGUUGGUUCGGCUUUCAAACCCAUGUUUGAAACUUUCAAACCCAUCAGUCAGUAAGCUCUAGUUGCCCCAGUCCUUCAGUUAUUCAGACCACACUGCCAACCUCAAAAUCAAUAAACUUCUACCAUGACCUCUGAA